UGCGGGAAGACGUGGCGUCGUCCCCAGCCCGCGGGACCGGGCGCGCGCAGGACGGCCGGGACACCCCGCUGGGGAUGCACAGAGGGCCCCGUGUUCGCGCUGCCCAGAGCUAGGGCUCUCCCCGGAGCCCAUGAGCACCAUGCGUCUGCUGACACUCGCCCUGCUUUUCUCCUGCUCCUUUGCCCGCGCCGCCUGCGACCCCAAGAUCGUCAACAUUGGAGCUGUGCUGAGCACGCGGAAGCACGAGCAGAUGUUCCGUGAGGCCGUGAACCAGGCCAACAAGCGGCAUGGCUCCUGGAAGAUCCAACUCAAUGCCACCUCCGUCACCCACAAGCCCAACGCCAUCCAGAUGGCCCUGUCGGUGUGCGAGGACCUCAUCUCCAGCCAGGUCUACGCCAUCCUAGUUAGCCACCCACCUACCCCCAACGACCACUUCACUCCCACCCCCGUCUCCUACACAGCCGGCUUCUACCGCAUCCCCGUCCUGGGGCUGACCACCCGUAUGUCCAUCUACUCAGACAAGAGCAUCCACCUGAGCUUUCUCCGCACCGUGCCGCCCUACUCCCACCAGUCCAGCGUGUGGUUCGAGAUGAUGCGCGUGUACAGCUGGAACCACGUCAUCCUCCUGGUCAGCGACGACCACGAGGGCAGGGCCGCGCAGAAGCGCCUGGAGACGCUGCUGGAGGAGCGCGAGUCCAAGAGUAAAAAAAGGAACUAUGAAAACCUCGACCAACUGUCCUAUGACAACAAGCGCGGACCCAAGGCGGAGAAGGUGCUGCAGUUCGACCCGGGGACCAAGAACGUGACGGCCCUGCUGAUGGAGGCACGGGAGCUGGAGGCCCGGGUCAUCAUCCUCUCCGCCAGCGAGGAUGAUGCUGCCACCGUGUACCGUGCAGCCGCGAUGCUGAACAUGACGGGCUCCGGGUACGUGUGGCUGGUGGGGGAGCGCGAGAUCUCAGGGAACGCUCUGCGCUACGCCCCGGACGGCAUCAUCGGACUGCAGCUCAUCAAUGGCAAGAACGAGUCCGCGCACAUUAGCGACGCCGUGGGCGUGGUGGCCCAGGCAGUGCACGAGCUGCUGGAGAAGGAGAACAUCACCGACCCGCCCCGCGGCUGCGUGGGCAACACCAACAUCUGGAAGACCGGGCCGCUCUUCAAGAGAGUGCUGAUGUCUUCCAAGUAUGCUGACGGGGUGACCGGCCGAGUGGAGUUCAACGAGGACGGGGACCGGAAGUUCGCUAACUACAGCAUCAUGAACCUGCAGAACCGCAAGCUGGUGCAAGUGGGCGUCUACAAUGGCACCCAUGUCAUCCCCAACGACAGGAAGAUCAUCUGGCCGGGUGGAGAGACAGAGAAGCCCCGAGGGUACCAGAUGUCCACCAGGUUGAAGAUUGUGACGAUCCACCAGGAGCCUUUUGUGUACGUCAAGCCCACGCUGAGCGAUGGCACAUGCAAGGAGGAGUUCACCGUCAAUGGGGACCCGGUCAAGAAAGUGAUCUGCACCGGGCCCAACGACACGUCGCCCGGCAGCCCUCGCCACACUGUGCCUCAGUGCUGCUACGGCUUCUGCAUCGAUCUGCUCAUCAAGCUGGCGCGGACCAUGAACUUCACCUACGAGGUGCACCUGGUGGCUGAUGGCAAGUUCGGCACGCAAGAGCGGGUGAACAACAGUAAUAAGAAGGAGUGGAAUGGGAUGAUGGGCGAGCUGCUCAGCGGGCAGGCGGACAUGAUCGUGGCGCCGCUGACCAUCAACAACGAGCGUGCACAGUACAUCGAGUUCUCCAAGCCCUUCAAGUACCAGGGCCUGACCAUUCUGGUGAAGAAGGAGAUCCCCCGCAGCACGCUGGACUCGUUCAUGCAGCCCUUUCAGAGCACGCUGUGGCUGCUGGUGGGGUUGUCGGUGCACGUGGUGGCCGUGAUGCUGUACCUGCUGGACCGCUUCAGCCCCUUCGGCCGGUUCAAGGUGAAUAGUGAAGAGGAGGAGGAAGACGCGCUGACCCUGUCUUCGGCCAUGUGGUUCUCCUGGGGCGUUCUGCUCAACUCGGGUAUUGGGGAAGGCGCCCCCCGAAGCUUCUCAGCGCGCAUCCUGGGCAUGGUGUGGGCCGGCUUUGCCAUGAUCAUCGUGGCCUCCUACACCGCCAACCUGGCGGCCUUCCUGGUGCUGGACCGGCCAGAGGAGCGCAUCACGGGCAUCAACGACCCACGGCUGAGGAACCCGUCGGACAAGUUCAUCUACGCCACGGUGAAGCAGAGCUCGGUGGACAUCUACUUCCGGAGGCAGGUGGAGCUGAGCACCAUGUACCGGCACAUGGAGAAGCACAACUACGAGAGCGCGGCGGAGGCCAUCCAGGCUGUGCGGGACAACAAGCUUCAUGCCUUCAUCUGGGACUCGGCGGUGCUGGAGUUCGAGGCCUCACAGAAGUGCGACCUAGUGACCACUGGCGAGCUGUUCUUCCGCUCGGGCUUUGGCAUUGGCAUGCGCAAGGACAGUCCCUGGAAGCAGAACGUCUCCCUGUCCAUCCUCAAGUCCCACGAGAACGGCUUCAUGGAGGAUCUGGACAAGACGUGGGUGCGGUACCAGGAGUGUGACUCUCGCAGCAAUGCCCCUGCCACCCUCACCUUUGAGAACAUGGCAGGGGUCUUCAUGCUGGUGGCUGGGGGCAUCGUGGCUGGGAUCUUUCUGAUCUUCAUUGAGAUCGCCUACAAGCGACACAAGGAUGCUCGCCGGAAGCAGAUGCAGCUGGCCUUUGCAGCCGUGAACGUGUGGAGGAAGAACCUGCAGGAUAGAAAGAGUGGUAGAGCAGAGCCCGACCCUAAAAAGAAAGCCACAUUUAGGGCUAUCACCUCCACCCUGGCUUCCAGCUUCAAGAGACGUAGGUCCUCCAAAGACACGCAGUACCAUCCCACUGAUAUCACGGGCACGCUCAACCUCUCAGAUCCCUCGGUCAGCACCGUGGUGUGAGGCCCCCGGAGGCGCCCACCUGCCCAGUUAGCCCGGCCAAGGACACUGAUGGGUCCUGCUGCUCGGGAAGGCCUGAGGGAAGCCCGCCCGCCCAAGACUGCCCACCCUGGGCCUCCCGUCUGUCUGUCCGCCCUGCUGCCUGGCGGGCAGCCCCUGCUGGACCGAGGCUCGGACCAGAGCGGCUGAGGACAGGCCAGAGCUGAGCUGGCUGGGCAGGGCCACAGGGCACUCCGGCAGAGGCAGGGGCCCUGGGGUCUCUAAGUAGCGGGGGAGAGGGGCUACCUUGGCCCCGGAGGGGCUUGGAGCAGAGACUGUAAGCCCUGACCUUCCCCAGCCACUACCAGAGCCACAGUGAGGCGUGCAAGGCCCCACCUGGCUGGGUCACCCCGUCCUCCAGCGCCUGCUCUGGGCAGCCUCGGCUCCACCCCUCUCCUUUUCUUACCCUUCUCGCCUCCGGCCCCACAUCCAACCAGCUGGCCCUGCCCCUCCCCAAGGGCUGACCCGGACCCUCAGCAGGCAGCUGCCUCCCAGCGGUGCGCUGGGGUUCUGCGCUGCCUCUGACCCUUUCCUCCGGUGUCCACGAGGGCCGAGCCAGCUCUCCACCUCCUCCAGCCUGCAGCCCAGGAUAGGCUUCCCCACACGCGCUGGCUCGGGACCAUCCUCAGCCCUGCCCUCCGACUUGUACAGGCCCAGCCCUUCCAGUGCCGAGCGCGUGCCUUCCCCGUGCGGCCCGUGCGCAGCCGCGCGCUGCCCCUCCGCCCAGGGGCCCGGCGCGCGCUGCCCCCGACCCGGUUUGUGCAGUGGUGAUGUCUAAAGGAAUGUCACGAA